AUGAAUACACUCACGUGAACUUUCAAGAGAUAAAAACCAAACAAUAUUCAAUAAUAAAAUAGUAACAUAUAUUCUGGAGAAGAUGAACACACACAAACAAAAACGAAAAGCAGAGCACAAAAACCAUAAACGAGCUUGCUUACUUCUUCUUCUCCAACAGCAAAAUUUGAGAAUAUUGAAGUCUAUGUCGCCGAAUUUGCAGAAGCCCACCGGUUCGGAUUCAGAGCUAUUGAAAAAAUUAGAGAUGAGGAGGUUUUUGGUUCCUAGAACAAGUAUUGAGAAAGUGAAUGUUAAGCAACCGGAAGCUGAAGUAGAAGAAAUGCCCCCCUAAUGUGGUCAAUGAGUUUAAUCCAAAUGAGAUUGUGUGUGAUCCAGGAUGUAGGAAACAAAUUCAUGAGUAUGCUCCGGAUAUUCAAGACCAAGUGAGGAGGGCAUAUAUAUUGAAGGGUCCAACGCAACCAGAUUUAGCAAGAUUUACUCGUACUCAAUUUGGAAAGUCUUCAAGAGCAUUUUGUAAAGCAUGGUAUAAGAAUUAUACAUGGAUUGAAUACAAUGAGUCGAAGGAUGCAACUUAUGGUAUUCUCGAUCGUCACACGUUAUCUAUUUCAAGGAUACGAGGGCAAGGAUAUGACGGGGCUUCAAAUAUGAGAGGUAAGUUUAAUGGUUUGCAAAGAAAGAUUCUAGAUGAAAACCCUUAUGCUUUCUAUGUCCAUUGUUAUGCUCACCGUUUGCAAUUGAUGGUUGUGUCCGUUACUAAUAGUUGCUCAUCUAUUCAUGAUUUCUUUGAGUACAUCUCCUUGAUUGUAACCACAACAAGUGCAUCUUGCAAGAGAAAUGAUGCUUUGAAGGAGGCACAACACCAAGAUAUUUUGAAUAGACUUGCGAGUGGUGAGAUAUCUCAAGGAAAGGGCUUGCACCAAUCAUCUAGUCUCGCUAGACCCGGGGAUACUAGAUGGGAUUCAUAUUAUACUACCUUGAUUCGAUUGGAUCAGAUGUGGUCCUCCGUGUUAGAGGUGCUUAGUAUUGUUGAUGAAGAUGGACGUGGACAAUCUCAAGCGGUGGGUUUGAUAGAAAAAUGGAGAGCUUUAAGUUUUAUUUCAUUUUGAAGCUUAUGUUAAAGUUGUUUGGUAUCACAAAUGAACUUUCAAAAAUCUUGCAAACAAAAGAUCUUAAUAUUGUGCUUGCUAUGGAAUUAGUUGAUGAUGUUAAAGUUUGGUUGGCUACAUUGAGAGAGUGUGGUUGGGAUGAUUUGUUUAUUGAUGUCCAAGAAUUUUGUUUUACUCAAAGUAUGCUAGUGCCAAAUAUGGAUGAAGAAAUACCGGUUCGGGGUCGUUCAAGAAGAGAAGGGAGGACUGUCACUAAUCUUCACCAUUACGAUGCAAAGAUUUUUUAUGUUGCUAUCGACAAAAUAUGUGUGGAGAUGAAUCACCGAUUUAGUGAAGGAAGUAACGUUGUGCUGGAUUGCUUCUCAUGUCUUGACCCUAAGAACUCUUUUUCCAAGUUUGAUAUUGAUAAGCUUGCCCGUCUUGCUAAUAUUUAUCAUGCAGAUUUUUCUGAUGAUGACUGUGGAACAAUAAGGGAGCAACUUGAGACUUAUGCACAUCAAGUGAAAAGGCAUGCUUCCUUUACUUCUUGUGAAGAUGUUCAAAGUUUGGCUAUGAAGAUGGUUCAAGCUGAGAAACAUUUGGUAUUUCCAUUAGUCCACAAGCUCAUUGAGUUGGCUUUGAUAUUGCCGGUGUCGACAACAUCUGUUGAAAGAGCUUUUUCAGCAAUGAAGAUUAUCAAGUCUAAUUUGCGCAACAAGAUCAACGAUGUGUGGUUCAAUGACUUGAUGAUAUGUUACACCGGGCAGGAGAUAUUCAAGUCACUUAAAGAUGUUGAUAUUAUUCGAACAUUUACCGCAAAGAAGUCUCGGAGAGGGCAUCUACCUCUUAAUUUUAUUUAGCACACUAUUCGCAGGUUAAGUUUCAUCUCUCUUAUGUAGCACACUUUAUGACUAUUUAUAUAUUGUCACAUGUAACGUGCAGUUAAAUUUUUUGCCCAGACUACAUAAAAUUCUUGGUUCUGCCACUGUCUUAAAAUAAGCUAAACAAACAGCCCUUAACAUUAUUGAUGUAAUGUUUUUCUCAAUUUAAUUUCACAAGUGGACCUUAUAUUAUAUCUUUUUUUAUAGAACCAUGUUAACCAUAACAUUUCUUACGAGAAAGUUUUAGGGCUAUUUUUUUGUUCUCCCUAACUGGCAACGCAGGGCUACAAGACAUGUUAAUCUAUGUAGUUCAAUGUGGUUAAUGCAUCCAUCUGGGUGUUCAUAUUGACAGCAUUGGAUUUACCAAUUCAUUUAUCUUCUUGAAAGUGAAGAUAGUAAUAUUUUAAAUUUCAAUCU